GCUAACAGUGCAGUCACCCGCAUGGCCGUGGAAUAACGCGAGCGAGAGAUACAGAUAAAAGUAACAAUAAAAGAAGAAAGAAAAAAAAAGUGAGCCGUUUCUGGUUUGUGUUGUUUUCUCGCAUGGUGGUUACCGUCCUUCUGAGCAGGGAUGAGGAUACACAACCGGUCAUCCGCGGGUUCGACUCUCUUGAACCCGAAUCUUCACCCUAUAGCUGUAGGGUUGCGGCUAAGGAUGUCUUCUUUCAGCAGGAGCCAUGAUUGUAGUUGUGCGGUGGUGUAAGGUAAGCAUGACCUUGUUUCACCACCUAAAGCUGAAGCGACCCCGGAUGAACAGCGCCGACCACACACCCAGCAUGUCUCAGCCCCCCAUCCAUCCCUCCAGGAAGAAAGCAGUUGGAAACGGAAAUAACGACAAGAGAUCGGAAAGCGAACUGGACCCCGAGCUGAAGGAGGCCGUCUCAAAGGACGAACAGUCGACGGCGCCGCCCCUGCUCGAAUGCAGCGAGGGUGGUGCACCGAGCGAAGAAAGCGAGGCCAUGCCCCAGCUUGAACGACAAAACAGCGUAUUCGAUGGCGGCGGGGGCAACCACGAGGGCAUACUGCCCCACCUCAGCCCCCAGCUAUGGCCCCUCGCCGACACCAACGCCUACAGCCGCCAUUUCGAAGGGGAGGAGCCCCCGCCCCUGCUCAUGGGAGGCAAGACGAUGGUGUGGAGGACGAGACUUCCGCCUUCCUCCACCAUCACAUCUCCUUCCUCCCCCAAGCGCACCCCCGUCCCUUCACCUACGUCGCAACAGUUCGAGCCCGCACAAGCCUUGCCUUCCAUCUACCGCCAACCGUUCCCUUCUUCCAUCCGGCCCACCUGUUCCAAGUCGAGCUUCGAGAGCACGGACGAGGAAUCCUCCAUCCAGACGUGGCCCUCCGAGGUCGUCCCGGACACUCAGGCCCUCAAUCUGUGUGUCGCAUCCACGUCCCGAGAGAGCGGACCCCGCGAAGACGAUGGCCAACCCAUGGUCUGCAUGAUCUGCGAGGACAGGGCCACAGGGCUUCACUACGGCAUCAUCACCUGCGAAGGUUGCAAAGGUUUCUUCAAGAGGACGGUGCAGAACAAGCGCGUGUACACUUGCGUGGCGGACGGUAACUGCGAGGUGACUAAGGCGCAGAGAAACCGAUGUCAGUACUGUCGAUUCCAGAAAUGCGUGAGGCAAGGCAUGGUGCUGGCAGCUGUGAGGGAAGAUAGAAUGCCAGGAGGAAGAAAUUCAGGAGCUGUUUAUAAUCUCUAUAAGGUGAAAUACAAAAAGCAUCGGCGUGGCCAGAAGAACGGCCACCUCACCCAAGAGCAGCAGCAACAGCAGCCACCACAGACCACGCCCACCACACCAACAAGCCCUCGCUUCAGCCAAUCGACGGACUGGUCCAACGGCCAGAUACUGAAGGCCGCCCUCACCAGUCCGGCCGACGUGUCACAUCUCCGGCAUCGAACGGACAAGAACAGCGUCACCACGUCCUCGAGCCGGAUGACCCCAGAGCAAGCGAUCGCCAUGAUCCGGCCGCUGGUUGAGUGCGACGCCUUCGAGGAGGUGGCGAAGCUGAAGAAUGCAAAAGAGCUGCUACAGUGUAAGCUGGAACUGAACGAUAAGCUCUGCCAUAUCGGGGACAACAUCGUCUUCAAACUAGUGCAGUGGACCAAGAGAUUGCCUUUCUACAACGAACUGCCGGUCGCCAUACACACGCAGCUGUUAACACAUAAGUGGCACGAACUCCUGGUGCUGACGACGUGUGCCUUCCUGGCGAUCCGGGGCGCCCCUUCCAUCAACGUGCAGGCGUCGGUAUCGGCCGCCUUGUGUUCCCUAAAAGAAUGUCUCACCAUCAUGGUGGGUGAACCUGUGGGUAUCGAAGAACUAGAAGAAGCAGCUCCUCUAGUGGAGAGGCUAGCUCGUCUCGCAGAUAACUUCCGAAGGAUGGCUCUCUGUAUGGAGGAAUACGUCUGUCUCAAGGUCAUCAUCAUGCAGUCAUCAGAGGAGAUCAAAGACCAGAAGGAACUAGAAGCCAUUCAUGACCGAUACAUGAAGGCCCUUCAGGUGUUUGUGGAGCACCGUUUCCCGCAGCAGACGACCCGAUUCUCGGACCUCCUCGCCUGCAUUCCUGAGGUCCAGGCCACCGCCAGCCUCGUCGUCCAGAGCAAGAUGUUCUACGUGCCUCUGUUUCUAAACACUAGCCUUAAAAACGAAACGUAAGGGUGCUGCUCCUUCUUUUCUAUACAUUCUGGUGGAAAGUUCUUCCGGAGGCUAUUGGGUUCCAACUCUAUCCUUCCAGAUGAAUGCAGCAAUAGGAUUUCGCCAUUUUGUUCUACUAACGAAGUAGCCAAUUGUGAUAUCAUUGCUUACGGGAGACGACAAAAGAGGAUUUUUUUUUCACAAAUAGGAGUCAGUCCAAACAAAAAGUGGCCAUUGAAAUAUCGAGCAAUAAAAUUCUAUUUCCGAUCAAAGUAAAAUUCUAAACAAUAACAAAGGAUGGACUUAGCCGUUGUCGGUGCUAAAAUUUUAUUGAAGAAGAAUCAGCGGUGAGAUGAUGAAUAUUUCUCGGGUUUUCUCGGUUCUAUGGGGAUGACAAUAAAUCGCUGGCUUCUGUGUUAUUAUACGGAAAAAAAACGAAAUGAAUCUAAACGAUGGAAAACUCAUUCAAUGCAAAAAGUGUUCAUACUGAGAUGACUCCAGUGUGUGUUCAAGAUGCUGUUUGUCAGUAUUUAUACAUAAUCAGAAUAAUUUACUUAACGAAAUCAUCCCUCGAAAUGUCAUUCUAUGCAUUAUUUGUGUUUCAUAAUUCAAAGAUUUAUUUUCGACUUUUCAUUGUAAGAGAAAUUUCAGUUAAAAGACAAGUGCGGCGUGGAUGACCAAUAGACGAAGAGUUCAUCUAAAUGCAACUGAAUCGAUAUCAGCCCGAUGUCCACUUGUGAGUUCUGCAACCAUCGUUAAGGUAUGAAAGCUGCCUGGAACGAAGAUGAUUCUUUUUUCCCAAAAUGGGCGUUUUAUCGCCAAAAGACGGAUGGUCGUGAUAGUGGAUGUGCUUUAAGUACAUAGAAACUGCUCCAAGACAAGAAAGAUGUUAAAAUAGUAUAUAAACUAUUUUAAAAUAGCUCUGUCACUGCCACUGUUAAAAGUAAUAUGAUUCCAGUUCUGAAGAGGCAACUGAGAGAGAACUAAGGACCCACUGCCGGGCUAAUUUAUUUGCUGGAGAGAAAAAAACGUUGAUGAAGUAUUUUUUCAUCUUAUGCAACAAUUGAGAGAAAAUGCUGGGGAACCUCAAGGGUUCUCACCCAAGACAUGCAAUUUUUUUUCCCGUGGAGUUUGUUAUUGUACAGUGACAUUUUGUUGAAACUGUGACGGGAAACAUGUGACACGAAAGAUUUAAAAACUCUUUUGUUUCUUGAAAAGAGGAAUAAUUUAGCUAACUGAUUUAGAGAAGUCUGGUUAGAGCAAAGUCUGUAGAGCUAUUUGUGUUUUGAUUUCACGUGCCUCUUGGCUAAAGAGCACGACGAAAACCCGGUUAUAAAUGUCUGUCUUGUGUCAGAAAUUACGUGGAGUCACGAAUUAAGAUUAGUGUAUUCGUAAGCAUUUAAAUGGAAUGAUUGGUUGCUCGAAAGCGUUUGUGUGUUGCUGAAAGUUUGAGUUUUUUAUGAGACAAAAUUGCAUAUUAUAUCUAAGUAUUCAUCAUAUUAAAGCUUUGUUUGUUAUUUUGAGAAGUUUAAUAAAUUAUUUAAUUAUACAUGCGUGAAAAACAGGUUUACAUUAAACCAAAGAUAUGAAGGAAAUUUUGAUACACAAUUAAAAUUGAUAUAUUUCGCUCCCAUGGACUUAUAAACUGUGUUUUGAAUCACAUAUAGUUAAAAAUUGCACAGUAUCAAUCUUGGCUUAAUUUUUUUUUGUUGUUGUUACAGAUCUAAUUAGAUAUUUUAGUCAUAUUAUUAAACUGAAUUGUGCACCUGGGAUUGCAUGAUUUUCUUAUUAGAACUUCCAAUAUUACGAGACAUCAGAUUUCCAAUAAUAAUGAGUCAAAACAUUUUAUAAUUCAACCAAAUUUGAAUUGUACUAUAAAUAAAUAUAAUAAUUGUACUACUUUUGAAGAAGAAAAAAUUUAAUUGUUGCCCUUCAUAUCAUUGGUGAAAUGACCUGAAUUUAAAAAAAUUGUUAUUGUUGCUUUAUUUUAUCCUAUUCAAAUAAAAGAAAUAAUUUGCUAAUCAAUAUUAUAAUAAAACGAUAGAUGAAAAAAUCAGUAAAUAAUAAAUAGUUAACAAUAAUUAAGAGUUAACAAACAUCAUUUUGAAUAUGAAUCACUCUUUGCUUAAAUAGUAUAAUAAUUUCUCAUUUUCAACACGUUUAUAAUACUUAAUAUCAUUGGAAUAUUAUUUAAAAACUUUGUCAACAAAUUAGACUGAUUAAAAUUGCAUUCAGCUAUCGGAAUUAAAUUAUUAAAACUAAUUCAAUCAUAAUCAAAAUUUUUCAUUCAAUGAAAAAUAUAAAAAGAAAAUUCAACCGAACAUUUGCUGAUACAUUUAUAUCCACAUUUUAAAUUGUUUUUGGAAAAAAUAAACGUGGAUUACAUAAAAUUAAAAAGAAGUAAGAAAAUUUCGAAAUUAAGGCUCACAAUGGAUUGAAAUCAAUAAGAAGUUGUGAUAAGUGCUUUAUGUCAUGAAUUUUUUUUUAUGUAACUUUUUUAAUAAGUUUCUUACUCGAAUUUCAAUUUUAUAACAGGAUUUUCAUUCCAGUGUCUUUUGUAAAAUAUUAUAGGACAUAUAUAUCACUGAAUCUUUUUGUAUACCAUUUACAGCAUUUUUAGUAUGAAAGGAAAUCAUUGUAGAGUAAUUUGUUUGCUAAAGAGAAGUUAUACAAUUUUUAAUCUGUUGUCGUAAAAAUGUGUACAUGAUUUCAUGCUUUAGAAGUACGUUUGCUCGACAGUCAUUUGCUCAGCAUCUUUUGCAGGACAAAUACGAUUCUCUUAAGUUAUUUAUGAUACCCUUGAGUUUGUAUCUAAACAUAUUCUUAUUUCACUUGCUUUUAUUUUAAUUCAGAUGAUAUCAAAGAAGUUUUCUAAAUAUAUCUAACCGAAUGAAAAGAUCAGAGUUAACCCUUCUUUGCAUGAUUUUUCUUGUGAUAUAAAUCAUGCUCAAAGGAAAUGUUUAAAAAAUACUAGUAUAAAUAUAUAAAAUAAAAUAAUUACAAAAACAGUAUGAUGAAAAUAUCCAUCAUCAUGCAAAUUUACAUGUUAAGCUCAAUACAAAAUCUUUAAAUCUCUCCAGUCAUUAUCGUUUUUAUUACCAAAAAUAAAAAUAAAAAAUAAUCUUAGAUUAGCUAUAAAAAAUAUUAAAGAAAUCGCACGUUUCUUCCCACCACAACAAACAGCGAAAUGACUUCAAACCCGCUAUAAUGAUUAUGACAUUUUUUUACAGCUACGUUCCUUAUUACGUAAUAGUCAUGAAAAAAGUUGCCAACAACAACCAAUUUAAAGUACACCUGUUUUGAGUAAAAUUUUUUGUUCACUAAAUGUUAUGAUGGAAAUUUCCAUCGUCAUGCAAAGAAGGGUUAUUGGUAUGUGACAUAUUUUAGGUUCGGAGUCAAGAUCUGGGCAUGCGCAUGUAUAUUUGUUAAAAUAAACUAUCAAACUGAAAGAUGAAAUCAUGAAAAGAUUCUUUUAAAUAUCCAUACGAUGUCACUUAUAUCAAUCAAGUAUUUGAUCUUUAAUUGUUUCAAACCAGAUGUUGCUUUUUCAUCUGACCAUAAGCAAGGUGCAGACAUCCAAUUUUCAUCGCUAAUUGCUCUGGCAUAUCGACAUCAGAAAUCUAUUGUGAUGAUAUUUGUACGCUGUCAAACUGAACUUCACUUCUUCUACACUGAAUUGCUACCAAAUCUUUUAUGGUAAACAGUGAACAAAAUGGUCACUAAUUGUUUAUCUGACUCCAUAAAAACAUGUGUGCACCAACUAACUACUGUCAGUGUCCAUCAUAUCACACUGCCGAUGCCAUACUAGUGUCGUAGAAGCAAUUGAUGACGUUAUUCGGAUGUCUACAUGAAAUUUUAAUAACUUAUUAUCAGUAACACUUUCAAAAACAAAUUUUUCUGCUUUCUAUAAGUUGUUGAUUUUAAUAUUUUCUGCAUGGGCUAAUUUUUCUCACUCGUUUGCGAAUCGUUGGAAAUAAUGCGUUUGUUUAUAUAUUACAUUUCAGUUGUUGCCAUUUGCCCCAAUGUAAAACUUGUCGAGCAAAUUGCUGCCGAGCAAAUGUCUCAAAACUUUUCAUGCGUUAACCACGCUUUUAAUUAUUCAUGCGUUAAUAUCUUUUAAAUCAGCUGAUUUUUUCAGUAUUCUUCAUGAAGAAAUGUAGCUUUACGUUUUCUAAGAACUACACAUGAAUUAGAGAGGCAGAUUUGUUUAGAUAUAGGCCAAAGAAUUUUUUAAAGGAUCCUAUAAAUGAAAGUAUAAAGAAAUAUCUAAUAUAAUAAUAUAUAUAUGAGGAGUCUUUAAUAUAAUAUAACGAAAUAUCUAAUAUAUAUAUGAGGAAUCUUUAAUAUAAUGAAAUAUCUAAUAUAAUAUAAUGGUUGGAGUAAAUUAGAGUCAUAGCCGGGUUCAGGGGAUAUUAAACAUUGGAAAUACUCAAUACUAAGAAAUUUGUAUUUCUUUGACUGCAAAGUUUCAUUUAAUCAGAAUUAUUUUCAUUAAUUCAUCUAAAGGUUUUUCCUCAAAAUAUUUCUUAACAAACUGCCAUGAAAUAUUAUUAAAAAAGUUUCAAAAUUAUAGUAAAGAAAAAUUAAGGCACCGUUUUACUGAUGCGAAGCUUUGUGAAUUUUAAAUCUUUACCAUCAUUUAAGAUUUUUUUUCAGACGUUCCGAUGGUAAUUGACAAUUUCAUGUUGACAUUUCGCAAAAUGUUCAAAUUUUAAAACCCCCAGAAGAAUUGUAUAGUUGUAGUUUAAAUUUUGUAUGGCUUGUUUUAAUAAUUUUAUUUUUAAAGACAUUAUUAUAAAUCUCUACCAAUAAUAUUUUUAUUAUUAAUUAUUGCAUAUAAAUUGAUCUGUUAUUUAGACGCAAUGAAAUUUUAUAAUUUGACGAACUGUUUAUAAAUAUUAUAAAAAUGUAUUCUAGAUACUAAUCUAGAUACUUAAUAUAACUUGAUUUCGGUCCAAGACUUAAUUCUCAUUUCCUGUCCCUAAAAACAAAAUCCUGGCUACGGCUGUAAAGUACAUUUUAGUAGAAAAUGGUCCCUUUGAAUUCGCUUAAAUGCAUAAACUUAUUUUGAUAGUAAAUUACGCUUUUGACUUCUACCAUUAUUAUUAAUAACAUUCAGUUAUAGCCUCAUAUUCAUUUAAAAUUCAUAACAGCAAUAAAAAGGAAAUACCGUCUUGAACACUUAAUUGCCCACCUAUUUUCAAAGUUUCACAUGAAACGUAGGUAUAGUUAAAUUUAUACAUUAUAUAAGAGGUGUUUAUGUAAGAAUUUGAUUUUGAUGCUCUAUUUAGAAUUUUAAUUCUUUAUCUGUGACUUUUGGAGACUGUUUUGUACUUUUGGAUUUUAGUUUUAGUCAUCUGUGAUGAAUAAUUUUUGUAACUUUUUUUAAAAAUAGAUUAACAUAGAUAACCAUGUAAUAAAUUUCAGUCAUUUCGUUCAUAUACGUUCUUUUAGAGGGGGGGGGGAUAUUUUCUAAUAAAAUAAUAUGGAGUACAUUUUUUUUUCUGUACAGCUAAUAAAAGAAAAAUGCUCUUGUAAAUUAUAAAGUUUUUUUUUCUUCUUUUUUUGCAAACGUUUACUUAACAUGGAUACGUCUUACUAUUUCUCGCUCUCAUAUUUAUAUAUACAUUUAUACUUUUACAAAUAAGUUUGCUUUUUAUUUAAAUAAUAUGCUGAUUUUAUAUGAAAUUGUAUUUUCUAAUGCGAUUGCCUUAUUUAAAUAUCUGUGAAAUAUCCACCAUGGGAAUUUAGAACUUCCAUAUUUUACAAACUAAGAAAAUAUUUGUUUGCGUCUAAAAAUAUUGCUUAUUAAAAAUACAGUAAUUUAUUGAAUUUAAAUUAGAGAAAUUUUAAUCUAGGUGUUAUUUUUUAUAAUUAUUUGCAAAAAUUUGUUGGUGUAUAUUCAUGAGUAUAUUGCAUUAACUUUUCUAAUGGUUUUCUUUUUUUUUUACUUUUAUCAAUUUUUAUUAUGAAUCGCUUCGUCUCUUGCAAAAAAUGACCUUGAAAUUAAUUCUGAUCAUAUUGCACAGCAUCAUUAAAAUUACACAACUAAAAUAAUUGGAAUUUAUAUCAGUACUUUUAUUUAUUUUCCUAAUCGUAAGAUUGAAAUACAUUUAUGAACAAAUCCUUAUCAUUUCAUUUUCAUGGAACUCUCAAGUAAAACAAUAUAUCAUAAAUUCCUAAAAAUAUUUUAUAAUCUGAAAGUUGCAUUUGAUCUGAAUCAGUGCUUAAUUCAGAUCAAAUCCUUUCGAUAUCAGUGUUAUAAUUUAGUAAUUAAAGAUAUUAAACGGAAAAAAUAAUUUCUCAUAUUAUUUCAAAAUUAUGCAAAAGAUAUUUUUCCAUGCAGUGGUGUAGCGAAAAUAAGUGGCGACCAGAGUAUAAUAUGAUUUUUUUUCGCCUCAAGUAGUCAUAAGUGGCUUAUCAAGUGAAAUUGCCACCAGAAGCUUUUUGCUUUCUUUUUUCGCCCAUUUAUCAGAAUUGGCUUUAAAAAGAAGCAUAAGCAUUUUAAAAAUUUGUUUUCAUGCUAUCCGUUCCCCAACACUGGCCCAAGGUGUCUAUAUCUCCCUUUCCACUUACCUCUACGUCACUUUUAUCUAAGCGAAAUAUUCAAAAUUUUAAUUAUAGAAAUUCAUAAUCAAAGCAUAUAAAAUUUUCAUUUAUUUGUAUAUCUUCAAGGAUUUAUUUACUUAAACCAACUUAUUUCAUUUGCUGUGCAAUUUUUUUUUAAAGAAUGGUUCAUUUUCCAAGUUUAUUAAUAAUGCAUUGUUCCAAAUUUCAUAAUAAAUGGAAUAAAAUGAUGAAAUUCAUUGUAAAUCAUAAGGAUUUUUUUUAUUUGUUUUUCAAUUCUAUUCCAAAUAACCGAUUAUAAUAAUUAUUGUAACUACAUAAGUAAAUUCAUUUUCUAUAUUCAAAAUACAUUUUUUAAAAAAAUGAAAAAAAGUUCAAUCGUUUGCAGCAUCGAAAGAAGCGAUGCUGGAAGUGAUAUGUGAAGGCAUCGACUGUAUAAAUGCUUAAAAAAAUUUAUCUGACGACGGCCUGUGAUCAGCAGGAAGCACCGGCCACUAGUCAGGCUGGGCCGGAUCUGGGCCCAGCCCCAAUUUUCUCUGUGUCUUCAUGUGUUUGUGUUUUUAUAAUUGUGCGUUUUCAGCAUACAAUGUAAAAAAAAAAAGUUAAAAAAAUCACGAUAAAAAAGAUAAAAAAAAUGAAGAAACCCCGCCAUUUGUACGUGAUCAAGUGAGUGAGUGCGUGUGUGUGAUGUUUAUAUAGUACCAUUUUUCACCCUUUCUACUGUAUCUGUCGGCCGGACAUUGAUGGCUGCUUCCUGUUUGUUUAUUUCUUUUCCCUCUUUUGCAAAAUAAAAUCAUUCUUUACAACUCUU